GGAUAUUUCUAUUUGUAUGUGACAAGAGUAACGUAAUCGAGUGAGGUUAUUUGUAUUUACAGUAUCGUGUACAUACAAACGCUUGCAUUUGCAAAAAGCGAUUUUUAUAUUCUCUCCAACGCCAGCACGCUAUCGUGAGCAACAAUGGAUUUCCAGAAUCGUCCAGGCGGUAAAACCGGCGGCGGCGGUGUCGCCUCUUGGUCGGAGAGCAAUCGCGACCGACGGGAGCGGCUUCGUCAGCUCGCCCUGGAAACCAUUGAUCUCAACAAAGAUCCGUAUUUUAUGAAAAACCACUUAGGCUCGUACGAAUGUAAACUUUGCCUUACCUUACAUAAUAACGAGGGCAGUUACCUAGCGCACACGCAAGGUAAGAAGCACCAAGCUAAUCUGGCCAGAAGAGCGGCGAAGGAAGCCAAAGAAGCACCACAGACCCUCGCACCAGAAAAGCCUCGAGUUGAGCCCAAGAAAUUUGUGAAAAUCGGUCGACCCGGUUAUCGAGUAACUAAACAGCGUGAUCCUGAGUCUGGCCAGCAAAGUUUGCUGUUUCAAGUGGAUUAUCCUGAGGUUGCAGACAAUGUGAUACCGCGACACAGAUUUAUGUCUGCAUAUGAGCAAAGGGUCGAGCCACCAGAUCGCAAAUGGCAGUAUUUGCUAUUUGCAGCUGAACCAUAUGAAACCAUCGCUUUUAAAGUGCCCAGCAGGGAAGUAGAAAAGGCAGAGGGAAAGUUCUGGACUCAUUGGAACAAAGAUACAAAGCAGUUUUUCUUGCAAUUUGCAUUUAAGAACGAAAAACCAUCUGUGGGCAAAGUACCACCACCACCAGUUCCCCUAAUAAGGCCAGGCCUGGGUCCAAUGGUGCCAGUUCCACCACCUCCACCUAGGCCGCCGAUGUUUAAUCCGGUACCACCACCACCAGCUCUCUUGGCAACUGGAAUGCAAAUACCUCCUCCACCACCCCACAUAGCAUAAAGAAGUUGACAGAAUAUAAGAACACAAUUUAUCAAACCUUUUUUCAUAUUUGUUAUACUUGUUUAUAUACCUUUACUAUCUAUUCUUAAAAUUAACUCCAUUCUAAAUUAUGAAAUUCAAAAAUGUAAUACAUUUAGACUGUACAAUAAGAUGGACUUAGGUUAUAAGGA